GAAAUGAUGUGAAGUAUGAUUAUUUGGCCCUUAAUUCCUGAAACUACUCUCAAAAAUUAGGAAAUGUUUUCCAAAUUGCUUCCAAUUCUGAUUCUGCACAGUGGUCGAAGGGCGUAUUCCUUGUGCUCGAAAAUCUACUCCAUACCCACACGUAAUCACACCCUAACUGGCCACAUUUUAAAGGUUCCAAACCUACAUUCGCAGGAAAGAAGUUAUGGCACCCAUAUUGUUAUCCGGCAUACAAGAGACCGAUUCUACACCGACAUUAAUGAGAUCCGAGCUGAAUUGCGGUACACCAUCAGGGACGGGGUGAUGACCAUCAGGAGCACCAACGUCCCGAAGGAGUUGGGCGGACAUGGCAUUGGGAAGCUACUGGCCAAGGCGGCACUGGACUACGCACUGCUCAACGGGCAAUUCAUUGUUAUCAAGUGCCGGUUUGUCCAGUACUACAUCGACAAAUAUGAGCCGCAAUACGCCGAGUACAUACUGAAAUAGGCAAUCCAACACAGCGAUCCAAAAUUGUCAAAACUAGCAAACUAAAUGAAGACAAAUAAAUCCCCUGCACAUACGUA